UCCAAGGGCUUAAUUUAGAAUUUUGAAGCGUUUUAAUCUGUUAAUCUCUGUUUGUCUAAAUAAGGCGGAUUAUAGUGGUCGUAAUUCACGUAAAGCUCGCAUGAUUUUCGCUGGAAUCGUGUAAAAAAUCAAUGGCAGCAAAUAAUAAACCCACUUCAGGAACGUGAAAAUCCUCACAUAAACCUGGUACCUUGGGGGUGAAAGGGGCGUGUCUAGGGGUAGCAGGGCGUGUCGUGGCAUCAGCCCCACUCCGACCGCUUUGUUUUCUCACAUCGUAGCCGGAAAUGUGGUGGCUUGAACCAUCAUUGUUCUUGCCAAGAUAAUAUUGGGAUAACAUUUCCAGAUAGCAACUGCUAGCGAUCUAAUCGCGCUCAUCGCCCAGCCAGUGUCUUGAAACUUCCCGAUAAAAUGUGAUUUAAUCGCAAUUAGGCCAGUGUGUUUGUUUUCCGCGCUCGAGAUAAAAAUAUUUGCGGUGGAGUUUAGUGUGUUUAAAUUUAUUUAAAUAACACGCGAUGAUUUAGUGCGUCUUCGAGUGUCGCGCCUAAGCUGGAUGUUGAUGAUGGACGAUGGGUGUCGCCAUUUGCUGGCGGUGUCGGACAGCCCCCUCGACCUGCGGGGCUCCUCCGACGAGCGCAAGACCCCCGAGAAGGACAAGAAGCACCAGCUCAUCAAGCCCCCGUACUCCUACAUCGCGCUCAUCACCAUGGCCAUCCUCCAGUCGCCCCAGAAGAAACUCACUCUGAGCGGCAUCUGUGAGUUCAUAAUGACCAGAUUCCAGUACUACCGGGAGAAAUUCCCAGCCUGGCAGAACUCAAUCCGCCACAACUUAUCCCUGAACGACUGCUUCAUCAAGAUCCCGCGGGAGCCGGGGAACCCCGGCAAGGGCAACUACUGGACGCUGGACCCCCUGGCCGAGGACAUGUUCGACAACGGCAGCUUCCUGCGCCGCAGGAAGCGCUACAAGCGGCCCUCCCCCAACAUCAUGCUGCGGGACCACCACGCCUCGGCGAUGGUCGCCUCUUUCCUCACCCAGGAGAACUACCAGCACUCGCUCUUCAGCCCCAACUUGCACAACCCCUACUCGUACAUUCCCGGCAUUCCGCCCAUGCUGCCGCCCAUGGACCUGUCCCGGCUCAACCUGGGGCUGGGCAUCAUGGGCCCGGGGAUCUGCAAGCCGGUGCCGGUCCAGCCGGCGGUCACGCCCGUCUCGUCCGACACCGAGGAGCUGAUCACGAGCGAGAUCAAGAAGAGCAAAAAUGGGUUUUCGAUCGACUCGAUCAUUGGCAACAAGCACCAGAAGAAAGACUCGGAUAUUUCGAGGAUUCACAACCAGGUGUCGGCCUUUUCGCCGCUGGCCGACGACUGGACGAGGUGAAAUGUUACGCCGUUUUCCCGAAUUUAGACCAAAGAUUUAGUUAAUGUGAUUUUUCAUGUUGCAAUAUUUAUUAUAGGCUUUUCAGUUUUUAGGAAGGUACGAUUAUAGCCAUUUGAUUAUAUACUAUGUAUAGAUUUGCAACUUAAAAUAAGUUUUGGCGUACUUUUAAACAUAAUGUAUUUGUGUAUUGUGUACAUAAUGCUGUAGGAUUCUUGUACAAAUGUUCUAGUUUACGUUUUUGUUAUUAGUCAUUAUUUUUACUAAAGAUUAUAUCGUAUUAUCUCUGAAUUGCUGUUCGUCAGGAAAUUUUUGCUGUGUCACCACGUAACUUAUGUAAAUAGUUGGCGACAGAAGUUUUCAAGCAAUUACCAAAUUCAUUUGUAGCACAUAGAUAAGGCGAGAUUUCAAAUUAAAAUAAAUUCAUAAUUAAA